UUUGCCACUGCAGUCCUUGCUUCUUUUCUUUGGAACUUGUAGGUUUCGUGCAGUAUUUUUAUUACUUGAGCAAAUAUCAUUUUCACACUCACAAUCUUCUGUAGUGUUUUUUCAGAUACAUAUUGGAAUCUCCAAGCUUUAUGUUGUUCUUCAAAUAUGUGGAACUGCCUAACUUUGAUGUUGCCUGUGAUGCAUUUUUAACCUUUAAGGAUCUGCUUACCAAACAUGAAGCUGCAGUCUCUGAAUUCCUGACUGCUCAUUACGAUGAGUUCUUCGAGCAAUAUGAAAAACUCUUGACCUCCUCUAACUAUGUGACAAGAAGACAGUCUUUAAAGCUUCUCUCGGAAUUUCUUUUGGAGUCUCCAAAUUCGCAUAUAAUGAAGCGCUACAUUGUUGAGGUUCGAUUCAUGAAAGUCAUGAUGACUUUGCUGAAGGAUUCAAGCAAAAAUAUCCAGAUCUCUGCUUUCCAUAUUUUUAAGGUUUUUGUGGCCAACCCUAACAAGCCUCGAGAAAUAAAAGUUAUCCUCGCUAAAAAUCAUGAAAGAUUGCUGGGCUUGCUUCACAGUCUCUCCCCUGGAAAAGGAGCUGAUGAUGAUCAAUUCGAAGAGGAAAAGGAACUGAUAAUCAAGGAAAUUGAAAGAUUGUCUCGGCAACCUAACCUUGCAUGAUAGAGGUACCUUCCCAUAAUUGUUUCGGAGUUGUGUUGUGUAGCCUUGUAAUAAUGACAAUUCCAAAGCCCCAUUUCAGAGGAAAAAGGAAAAAAAAAAAGAAAGCAAUAUCUAUUAUUUGUCAGUGGUUGAAAACCUAGGCGCUUAUUAUUAAUUUUUAAAAAUCCAAAAAAGCCAGUUUAAAUAGAGGCCAUUAGCAAGUGUGUUUCAAUUGUUGAAAUUAAUAGUCAGUAAUGGAAAUGGUGAGUGUAAAAAAAAAAAGCAAAGCAGGGAGAUGGAGGACCUGGAUUCCAAUUUUUCUUCCAAUUUUUACAAAUCAUUUUUGUGCAAUCUUUGAUAUUUGUAAUUUCUCAAAUUAGAUGGAGGAAUUUGUAUUUUAGACAAA